GUUGUUUACUGUUGGAAUUUUUUAAUUUUUUUUAAGAAAGUAAAGAAGUAAAAAGUAGUUGAAACUGCUGAACAAGAAAAAAGUUGCUCUGCAAUGCUUUAAUGAUUUGAUCAAAAACUUAUUUAUAGAGGAAUUUGUAACCUUCAGUUACAGAUUUUCAAUUGGAACAAUUUCUUGUCAGUGACGGCUUGAGCAACUUUGCAUCUUCUUUUAAUAUAGUCAAUUAACAAUGUUAAACUUCCAAGAUAUUGCACAAAUUACUGUAGAAGCAAUACAAGAAAAAAAUGAACUUCCUAACGAAGAGGAAAAAAAUACUCAACACCCUCGAGAUUUACGAAAUAAAAAGAUAAAAGAACAUAUAUCUUACAUGAUUGACAACUCUUCAUUUCACGGACUAUCUUAUAUAUUUGAUAAAAGACAUUCUAUUCGCCGUACAAUAUGGUUUUUCAUAACAAUAGCUGCGUUUGUUUACGCCAUGCAAAAAGUUUAUGAAAGUACAAUGAACUACUUUUCGUACCCGUUUUAUACCGCUCGUAUGAGAAUGUAUGUGAACCAGAUAAAUUUUCCAGCUGUAUCUUUCUGUAACUUGAAUGAUAUAAGAUUUAGUGUAAUGAACGGAACAAUUGUUGAUGACGCAAUUAUAAAUAAUAAUCAAGAAGCAAAUAUAACAGGGGAAGAAAUGAGAACUUUUAUUCAAGCAGCUAGACAUACAUUAAAAGAAAUGUUAGUAGAUUGUGACUUUGAAGGUAAGAAAUGUUCUUACGAAAACUUUACAGAAUUUAGUUGGAUGCAGGGAGAAAGUUGCUUUACUUUUAAUUCUGGCAAACCUCCUCACACUCUGUUGAAGGUGAACGGAGCAGGUAUAAAUAGAAGCUUGAAACUCACCAUCAACGUCCAACACUAUGAAUACUAUAGAGAUAAAAUGGAUGCUGGUAUUCAUUUAAUUUUACAUGGACAAGAUGAGACACCGGUUAAAAUGCGAGGUCUACAUCUUCCACCUGGGUUUACAUCAUAUAUUCAAAUAGAGAAAAAGACGAUCAUAAAUUUAGAAGCACCGUACAAAACAAAAUGUGGUUCAGUAGAGUUAAAAUAUUUUGAUAGCUACUCGAUGCAUACUUGCUGGCUUGAACAACUUACAGACCAUGUUUACAAAGUGUGUAAAUGUAAAGAUGUUUUUAUGCCAGGAGAUAUUCCGAUAUGUUCGUUUGAUGAAGCAUUUAACUGCAUGUGGCCUCAAUGGGAAACAUUUGAUAAACUGAAAUUAUAUCAUUGUCCGUUACCUUGUAAAAUUGACUCGUACGCUGUAAGUCUUUCUCGAGCUCUAUUUCCUACGGCUCGUUAUGCUAGUAGUUUGGCAAAUGAACUCCGAAAACAUCAACAUGUGGCCAUGAAUUUAAAAAGUAAUGCUGAUGAACUAGCUUUUAUGAGGGAAAAUUUACUUCGUCUUGUAAUUUAUUACGAUGAUUUAUCGUAUGAGUUACUUGAACAGAAACCAAACUAUGACACAUUGGUGUGGCUAGGAGAUGUUGGUGGUCAGAUAGGAUUGUUUAUAGGAGCGGGAGUGAUGUCAUAUUUCGAAUUCAUUGAUUGCUUAGCAAUGAUACUCUACACCAGAUUUUUUGAAAAAUUUACGACUAAAUAAAACAGCAUGAUUUGAUUGGUUAUAGUCAAUGAUUUGAGAAAAGAUUGGAGAAAAGAGUAUUGACUUCAUAAAUUUUAUAAGAAGCUAUUAUUAUAGAAUGUAGUAUUUAUUUUUGAUAACAUUUGAAAUAAUGAA